GUCAGGAACAUCCCACAACUCUUCACACAUCUUCAUCAUCAUCACAAUGCUAAGAGCCGGUUUCAAAUCUCAAUCAAGAAGAACAUUCGCUACCGCGGUUUCUGACUCCCUAUUGCCAAAGAAAUACGGUGGUCGUUACACUGUCACUUUGAUUCCAGGUGAUGGUAUUGGUAAAGAAAUCACUGAUUCUGUUGUUGAAAUCUUCAAAAAGGAAAACUUACCAAUUGACUGGGAAACAAUCAAUGUUACCGGUAAAGAAGGUUCAAAGGAAGGUGUCAGAGAAGCUGUUGAAUCAUUGAAAAGAAACAAAGUUGGUUUAAAAGGUAUCUGGAAAACUGAUGCUACCCAAUCUGGUCACGGUUCAUUGAACGUUGCCUUCAGAAAAGAAUUAGAUAUCUAUGCUUCUUUAACUUUGAUUAAAAACAUCCCAGGUGUUAAAACUAGAUUAGAUGGUAUUGAUUUAGUUUUAAUCAGAGAAAACACUGAAGGUGAAUAUUCAGGUUUAGAACAUGAAUCUGUUCCAGGUGUUGUCGAAUCAUUGAAAAUCAUCACUCAAUUCAAAUCAGAAAGAAUUGCUAAAUUUGCUUUUGAUUUUGCUAAAAAAAACAACAGAAAAGAAGUUACUGCUGUUCAUAAAGCUAACAUUAUGAAAUUGGCUGAUGGUUUAUUCAGAUCAACUGUUAAAACUAUCGGUGCUGAACAAUACCCAGACAUCAAUGUUAAAGAUAUCAUUGUUGAUAACGCUUCUAUGCAAGCUGUUUCAAACCCACAACAAUUUGAUGUUUUAGUCACUCCAAACUUAUAUGGUGCUAUUUUAUCAAACAUUGGUACUGCUUUAGUUGGUGGUCCAGGUUUAGUUCCAGGUGCCAACUACGGUAGAGAAUACGCUGUUUUCGAACCAGGUUCAAGACACGUUGGUUUAGACAUCCAAGGUAAAGGUGUUGCUAACCCAACUGCUAUGAUUUUAUCAUCAGCUUUAUUAUUAAGACAUUUAGGUUUAGAUUCAAGUGCUGAUAGAAUUUCAAAAGCUGUUUACAAAGUUAUCCAAGAAGGUAAAAACACUACUAAAGAUAUUGGUGGUAAUGCUUCAACUCAAGAAUUUACCAAAGCAGUUAUCGAUGAAUUAGCUGCUACUGCUUAAAUUAUAUCAUGACUAACUAAUAUAUUAUUGUUUUUAUUAUUAUUAUAGUUUUUAUUAUUAUUCUUCACAAUUCUUAACUUAUUACAUUUAACAUUAUCAGAUUUUUAUAUAUAGAGUUUUUAUCAAAGGGAUCAAGAAAGUUUUAAUAUUUUCAAGUACAUGAACAGAAAAAUGAAAAAAAAACAUCAGAAAAGUUGAUACAUAUUGGAUAUAAAUUUUUUUUUGCAGGAAAUGAUUGUACAUGACUUUACUUUGGCCUUCGAUACAUCAGGAAAAUAGAAGUGGUCUUGAUGACUACAAAUACAUUUAAAUACUCAUUGAUCACUCAUGUUCUUUGUAUACAGCUUAUUCUUCAUCACUAUCUUCAGCAACUUUCUUCUUCUGCUGUUUUUUAAACUUUUCAAAGACAUAUAUCUUAGCAUUUCUUUCACUUGCAACUUUAGUUGUGUUUUGUUCACUAUUUGUUCUUUUAUGUUCGUAUCCUUCGAAAGCAC